AAUGCCUGAUGCCUCCGGAGGUGUGGAAACAUUGCUCUGGGCAUCUCGUCGCGGUUCCAGCAUGCGCGGCUGCAGUGCCAGUCCCCUCUAAGGCGGUGUGGGAUUCCCGGAAGGCGGGGCGAGGCCGUUGUCCCCGCAUCUUCUGCUCCGGCCUGCAGUGCUGAAAAGGAGCUAGGUGGGGACUAGGAGGGGACUAGAAGGAAAGACUGGGUUGCGUGAGGUUUUCCUGCACAACCUUGGUGGUUAAGCUUCGUAAUCCCACACUUUGAAAAAGAAAAAAAUAAUGAAGAAACUAAAGCUUAAGGAGCUAGAGAGUCGCCUGCAACAAGUGGACGGAUUCGAAAAGCCCAAGCUACUUCUAGAGCAGUAUCCGACCCAGCCGCACAUCGCAGCAUGUAUGCUUUAUACAAUCCAUAACACAUAUGAUGACAUUGAAGAUAAAGUAGUUGCAGAUCUAGGAUGUGGUUGUGGAGUACUCAGCAUCGGAACUGCAAUGUUAGGAGCUGGGUUAUGUGUUGGAUUUGACAUAGAUGAAGAUGCCUUGGAAGUAUUUCAUAGGAAUGUGGAAGAGUUUGAAUUAACAAAUGUUGAUAUGGUUCAGUGUGAUGUGUGUUCAUUAGCUAACAGAAUGUCCAAGUCGUUUGAUACAGUAAUUAUGAACCCUCCCUUUGGCACCAAAAAUAAUAAAGGGACAGAUAUGGCUUUUGUAAAGACUGCUUUGGAAAUGGCAAGAACAGCAGUAUAUUCUUUACACAAAUCUUCAACGAGAGAACAUAUUCAAAAGAAAGCUGCAGAAUGGAAAAUCAAGAUAGACAUUAUUGCAGAGCUUCGAUAUGACCUGCCAGCAUUAUACAACUUUCAUAAAAAGAAAUCAGUAAGUCUCUUGAUUCUGGCCUGUGUACAUUCAGUAUUGAAAAGCUUUGCAGUAUGUAGUUAUUUCCACUGUUUCAAUUUGCCUGGGUAAACAGAAAGCCAGCCUAAGAGAUUAAUCAUCUUGGGUUGGGUCCAUACUCAACAGCCAAUACUCUAGUUGAAGUUUUUUCGCAAAUGUUUUAGGGGCACAAAAAUGAAAAAAA